UCAUGGAAGCCUAUGUUGCUGAGCAAAACGUCCUAGACUCCUUUGCUGAGAGGCUCAUGAUAAAAAUCAAGGCUAGGCUCGGAUAUGGAUCAUUGCAGCGACGAUACGGUCCAAGGAAGGUCAUUCGGAGGGAUCAUGAAGGUGCUCACGAGCGUCUGGUGGAGGAUUACUUUGCUGCAGAUCCACUCUACCCCGAGAGUAUGUUUCGUACAAGAUUCCGUAUGAAUAGAGGUCUCUUCCUCUGCAUUGUGAAUGCCCUAGGUGAGUGGUCCCCCUAUUUCACUUAUAGGGCAGAUUGUUCUGGUAGAAUAGGGCUCUCGCCAUUGCAAAAGUGUACAGCAGCCAUGCGCAUGCUAGCCUAUGGCACCCCUGCAGACGCACUUGAUGAGUACUUGAAGAUUGGGAAGUGCACUGCAUUAGAGUGUUUGGACAAGUUUGCAAAAGGGGUGAUUCAGGUUUUUGGCGGGGAGUACUUGCGACGCCCCACACGGGAGGAUGUUGAGCGUCUUCUUCAGGUUAACGAGUCUCGAGGUUUCCCUGGAAUGCUAGGAAGUAUUGAUUGCAUGCAUUGGCGAUGGGAGAAGUGUCCUCUUGCAUGGAGGGGGCAAUUCACCCGCGGCGAUUAUGGAGUACCAACGAUGAUCCUAGAAGCCGUUGCUUCCCAGGACCUUCGUAUUUGGCAUGCUUUUUUUGGAGUUGCUGGGUCAAAUAAUGAUCUGAAUGUGCUCAAUCAAUCCCCACUAUUUUUUGAUGCACUGAAAGGAGAAGCCCCUCAAGUCCAAUUUUCUGUCAAUGGGAAUGAGUAUACCACAGGUUACUACCUUGCUGAUGGUAUAUACCCAGAAUGGGCUGCCUUCAUGAAGACUAUACCACUUCCCCAAAUAGAGAAGCACAAGUUGUUUGCCCAGAAGCAAGAAGGGGCAAGGAAAGAUGUCGAGCGCGCUUUUGGGGUAUUACAGUCCCGUUUUACCAUUGUCCGUCGGCCUGCACGUCUAUGGAAGAGAAAGAGUGUUGGAAGGAUCAUGAGGGCUUGUGUGAUUCUCCACAAUAUGAUAAUCGAAGAUGAGAGAGAGCAGGCAAAAAUUCAUAUUGACUUGAAUGAGAUUCCCGGGGCUUCAUUUGCUCUACCUCCCGAAGUGAAUGUUGGUGGAGUGAGCUGUGAUGUGGUGAUUGCGGCAGCUGUUAUUUAUAGUGGUUGAAGGUUAUUGAUGCAAAUGAGUGGUUGCUCCUUUCCAGCGAAGUACCCUCCAUGCUUUAUGACUUUUGUCAUCGUCCAGAUCAAAACUAUGAUUGUUGCUUGUGGUCGUGAAUGGCUUGUUUGCCGGAGAUGUUAUCUAUUAUGUUUGCUGAAUGCUUUCUUAAAGACUUAUGUAAUCUUAAGUAAUUACUCAUGAUGCUAUGGAGUAGUAUGAUGCUGUGUGACAUGUUUGGAGUACUAUGAUGCUGUAUGGCAUAUGUUUGUU